CGCGUGCGCGCGCGCGCACACACACACACACACACACACGCGCGCGUGCGCGCGCGCGCGCGCGCGGACACACGCCCCGGCUCUGCCCCUCUCGGUGUGUCUUCCUUCAAGAUGACAGGGCGCUGGAGAAAAGGCUGCUGGAAUCAGCUGGUGAAAGCCCAGCCUCUGUGGUUCUUAAUGCCUCAGCAGGAUUAUUUUCAAUAAAGAUGGAAACCCUGGAGUCUGAAUUGACCUGCCCAAUCUGCCUAGAGUUAUUUGAAGAUCCCCUUUUGCUCCCUUGUGCUCAUAGUCUCUGCUUCAGCUGUGCCCACCGCAUCUUGGUCUCCAGCUGCAGCUCUGGUGAAUCCAUUGAACCCAUUACUGCUUUCCAGUGUCCUACAUGCAGAUAUGUUAUCUCACUCAACCACCGGGGCCUGGAUGGCCUCAAGAGGAAUGUGACUCUGCAGAACAUUAUUGACCGCUUUCAGAAGGCUUCAGUCAGUGGGCCCAAUUCCCCAAGUGAGAGCCGCCGGGAGAGGACUUAUAGGCCCAGUACCACCAUGUCUAGUGAGAGAAUUGCUUGCCAAUUCUGUGAACAGGACCCACCAAGAGAUGCAGUGAAAACAUGCAUCACCUGUGAGGUCUCCUACUGUGAUCGUUGCCUGAGGGCUACACACCCCAACAAGAAGCCUUUCACCAGCCACCGCCUGGUGGAACCAGUGCCAGACACACAUCUUCGAGGGAUCACCUGCCUGGACCAUGAGAAUGAGAAAGUGAACAUGUAUUGUGUAUCUGAUGACCAAUUGAUCUGUGCCUUAUGCAAACUAGUGGGGCGUCACCGAGACCAUCAGGUUGCGUCCCUGAAUGAUCGAUUUGAGAAACUCAAGCAAACUCUAGAGAUGAACCUCACCAACCUGGUUAAGCGUAACAGCGAACUAGAAAAUCAAAUGGCCAAGCUAAUACAGAUCUGCCAGCAGGUUGAGGUGAAUACUGCUAUGCAUGAGGCAAAACUUAUGGAAGAAUGUGACGAGUUGGUAGAGAUCAUCCAGCAGAGGAAGCAAAUGAUUGCUGUCAAAAUCAAAGAGACAAAGGUUAUGAAACUGAGAAAGUUGGCACAGCAGGUUGCUAAUUGCCGCCAGUGUCUUGAACGGUCAACAGUCCUCAUCAACCAAGCUGAGCAUAUCCUGAAAGAAAAUGACCAAGCACGGUUUCUCCAGUCUGCAAAAAAUAUUGCUGAGAGGGUCGCUAUGGCAACUGCAUCUUCUCAAGUUUUGAUUCCCGACAUCAAUUUUAAUGAUGCCUUUGAAAACUUUGCUUUAGAUUUUUCCAGAGAAAAGAAAUUGCUAGAGGGGCUAGAUUAUUUAACAGCCCCAAACCCACCAUCUAUCCGAGAGGAACUCUGUACUGCCUCCCAUGAUACCAUUACAGUCCACUGGAUCUCGGAUGAUGAGUUCAGCAUCAGCUCCUAUGAGCUUCAGUACACCAUAUUCACUGGCCAGGCUAACUUCAUCAGUAAGUCAUGGUGUAGUUGGGGCCUGUGGCCAGAGAUAAGGAAAUGUAAGGAAGCAGUAAGCUGCUCAAGAUUGGCCGGGGCGCCACGAGAAUUGUGUUUAAAAAGCAGUAAACUGACUGAAAAGAAGAUAACAGAAGAGAGAAAUAUAGGCCUGUAUAAUUCGGUGGAUAGCUGGAUGAUUGUUCCCAACAUUAAGCAGAACCAUUACACAGUGCAUGGACUCCAGAGUGGGACACGCUACAUCUUCAUUGUGAAAGCUAUAAAUCAAGCAGGCAGCCGUAACAGUGAACCUACCCGACUAAAAACAAACAGCCAACCCUUUAAACUGGAUCCCAAAAUGACUCACAAGAAGUUGAAGAUCUCCAAUGAUGGAUUGCAGAUGGAGAAGGAUGAAAGCUCUCUGAAGAAAAGCCAUACUCCAGAGAGGUUUAGUGGCACAGGGUGCUAUGGCGCAGCAGGAAAUAUAUUCAUUGACAGUGGCUGCCACUAUUGGGAGGUAGUCAUGGCUUCCUCAACAUGGUAUGCAAUUGGCAUUGCCUACAAAUCAGCUCCCAAGAAUGAAUGGAUUGGCAAGAAUGCCUCCUCAUGGGUUUUCUCUCGAUGCAAUAGUAACUUCGUUGUGAGACAUAACAACAAGGAAAUGCUGGUGGAUGUGCCCCCACAGUUGAAGCGCCUGGGUGUCCUUCUGGAUUAUGACAACAAUAUGCUGUCUUUCUAUGAUCCAGCUAACUCUCUGCAUCUUCAUACUUUUGAUGUGACCUUUAUUCUUCCAGUUUGUCCAACAUUCACAAUCUGGAACAAAUCCCUAAUGAUCCUGUCUGGCUUGCCUGCCCCAGAUUUUAUUGAUUACCCUGAGCGUCAGGAAUGCAACUGCAGGCCUCAAGAAUCCCCUUAUGUUUCUGGGAUGAAAGCUUGCCAUUAAAUUUCAAGAAAGCAUAUAAUUCUCUGGCUCUCCACUUCAGCAGUUCUUCCCCUCCUAAACUUCAGUUAGUGUCCAAUAUACAAGAUACCAAAUAAAGUUCAUUUGAAGCAUCCAAAAUAACUAGAUAUUAUAGCUUUAAUUUUUGUACAUUAAAGCUCAUAUUUGAAGUAAUGUUUUGAGUUUCUUAGAACAAAUUAUCUGAGUAGUCUGGGUUCAAGCCAUUGGAGAACAAAUUUAGAAAAUACCUCUCUGUCAUUAGAGAAUUAAAACUUCCCAGUGAUUUAUAAGUACAAAUGAUAUUGAAAGGAAUUAGGGUAAUUCUAGGUAAAUAGUGUAGAAUGAUGCUCUGAACAAGGGACUAGCCAGCUGGAAAUAGGGGUGUCAGCUUUUCUAGUAUUGGCCAAUUUGGCCCAGUAGAAUUUGAAAGUGUUAAAUGGUUACAUAUUAUAUAUAGCUUACAAUAAAAAUCUAUAAUCAAGAAUUUAUUAUGAAGAAAACAUAUAUAUGUAUAUAUAAUUAUAAAAUGAAUAAAUAUGUAUCAUUUAUUCAUUUUCUAGAUUUUAUAUACAUAAUCAACUUAAUUUGUUCAUUUGGGUCAAAAAUAUACUGGAAGGGGAAAUAAAUUAUACAAUUCAUUUCUGUCCCCUAUAGGGAACAACAAAAUCAGUCAACAUUAAUCCCCUCCCUCCAUUCAUCCCUUUUUUCUUCCUUACUGUCACACACACAUUCACAUGCAAUAAUGACAUAGAUGGUAGGAAGAGCUCUAGGUUGGAUUAGGAGACAUUGAGGGACAAUACUACAUAUGAGAUACUAUUACUAGAUAGAAAAUUGAUCCAGGUAGAAGUGUUACAUGUAGCACAGUUUCAUUGAUGCUACCUAAUAGAGGAGGUUUGUCUGAAUUGUUAAAAAUUCUAUCACAGAAAUAAGUUUUCUUUUAUUCUCAAGUGCAUACAGUCACUAAAAUUAUGCAAAAAAAUAAUGGAGGUUCUUUAAGAACCUGCUUUGUUUACUUAAUCAGAAUGGAGUGUUAGGGAUACAACUAUUUGCAUAUAAAUGUACUUGAAUUUUCUUAAGAAUGCCUGAGGGGGGUGUGAAUGCUUGAGAACAGUUUGUUUUCUUAAACUGGCUAAAUAAUCAUUCCUUUUUGCAAUCUUGUUUACACUCUUUAUCUGCUUAGCUAACCCUUCAUUGCAAAUGCACUUAUAAACUUCAUCCCAGGCCUUAUUACUAUCAUGGUCAAUUUCACUGCUGGAAUGGGGAUGUCAGAACCAGAGCUGUCUCCUUUCCAGGAGCUGAGUCUGCUUCAAGGAGUCUACUUUUCGGGAGUUGUAAAAACAUUACUGUUGUACCAAACUGUAGCUGUAACAAGCUCCCAAAUUGGAGUCUUGAGUGUCCCAAAUUCUCCCCUCUUUCUUUCCACCACUUUGGUGGAUAUUCAUUUAUUAAUUCAGUCAAUGAACUACUUACUAGAUGCCAGGUACCACACUGCCACUGAAAUACUGAUAAAACCUAGUCCCUGCUGUCAAUUGGCUUACUGUUUUGUAGGAGGGACACCGUAUCUAUAUACAUCCCCUGAAGGACACUUUUGUAUUGUUUGUUCAACUAAUGUGGAAAGCAAGAUGGAGGCAGAUGCAAAUGGCUGGCUCAGACUUACAUAUCUAGUGGCAAAGUGAGCUUUUUGGUUUAAAAAACCAUAUGUACUUACUGCUAAUCAGGAAAUGAACAACCUCAGUAAGAUUCUGGGAAAUAGCUUGCUCUAAUGGGGAGCUCAUAGCCUUUGUACUAAAAUAACCUAGUUUCUCUGCAAUUAAUUAGCGGUAUGGCCAAGAGCAACAAUUUCACUUCUCUGAGACUCUGUUUCCUCUUUUGUAAAAUACCUACCUAACAAGGCUUUUGCAAAUAUUUAAAAGAUAGCACAUGUUGCCCUGGCAAAGUGGCCCAGAGUGUCGUCCUUACAUCAAAAGGUUGCAGGUUCGAUUCCCAGUCAGACCACAUACCAAUGUUUCAGGUUCAAUCCCCAGUCAGGGCAUGUACUGGAGGCAACCUAUCAAUGUUUCUCUCUCACAUCAACAUUUCUCUCUCUUCCUCUCUUUCUUCUUUCCUCUCUAAAAUCAAUAAACAUAUCCUCAGGUGACAAUUUUAAAAAAGCACAUGUAAACUGCUUAGCACAACCCCUGGCGUUAAGUGUAUAAUGAUUAUUAAGCUUCUCCCCACUGCCUCGCCCAGCCCCUGCCCCAGUAGAGUGUAGUGGUGCUUAAAAAUGUAUGCCUUUCAUUUCUAAGUUACUCUGGUCUCUCCUUUAUGGCCUAUCCCCCAAUUCUUAAACAAAGCAAGUGAUUUCUUCCCUUAAUAAAAACUUUCACUGCCCUUUCUUCCAUAGCAUUCAGUAGAAGGUCCCAAUUACUGAGGGUUUGGCUUUUUAAGUCUCUAUGUGUUUUCCUAGCUUCAUCUUUUGUCACUUUCCCCCUCACACUGAUUACCCUAGUCAACCUUAACUAUUUACACAAGUUGUUCUUUGAGCCUGGAACAGAGACAUUAUAACAAUUUUGAUGCCCACAGGAAGUAAACGGUAGGAAUUGUUCUUAAGGGAAUAGAAUGAAACUGCUAAAAGUGCAAAACACUCCACCUCCACCUCAGUCCAAUUUCCUGUACCUUGUCUUGGGUCUCCCACGCCAUUCAUUUUUUGUGCCCUUUGGAUUUUAGUGUCCUGAGACAAAGCUUAAACUUCCCCAUCUUACUUUUGAUCCUAGCCUGGGCUACCUUUCACCCCUCCUAAUCAGAUUAACUCUCGGCCUCUAGACUGGGUUAUGUUCUCUUCAGAGCUCCCAUGGCACCCUGGGCAUCCUUAUGGCCUCGGUGAUAAUCAUAUUAGAUAGCAAUGUUUUUCAGAGUGUGGGCCUUAUUUGUUAGAAUCACUUUUGGUGUUUGAUAAAAUAAUUGAUUCAUAGAUCCCAGCCCCGAUCUACUUAAUUAGAAUAUCUGGACACAUGGGUGGAAUUUUACAUUUUUAACAAGCUUUCCAGGUAAUUCUGAUGCACACACAAAUUUAAUGUAUAACAAUCAACUUCUGUAUUAGACUAUGAAUACCUUGAGGGCAGGGUCUAUGUCUUUUGUUUUUGUUGUAUUUUUCACACCUGAGAUAGUGUGUGGAACAGAGUAGUUGCCUAAUGUUUAUUGAACAAACGAACAAAUGAAUGAAUGAAUGAAUGAAUGAAUGAUCAACGUUGUACUCUGAUAUCCAUAUUAGUGUUUGUUGUUUCCUGGGCAGAAAAGCUUGGGCUUUUCCAUUUGGGCUAUACUGAUAAUAUUUUGCAGAUGUCCCACGACUUAUAUGCAUAAAUGAGUACGAGUAUUGUCCUCCUCAAAAGCUCUUUGGAAGUUGGCUUGGGGAAUUGUCUGGAGCAUGUGGCACCAUUCUUUUCAAUCACUUUUCAAUAUUUUUCAAAUUCGUUCUUUGAAAGUAGAUUUAAAUUUUGGUUACAACCAAAAAUCAGAGCUAAGCCUACUGAAUAAAGUAGGAAAUGAAAUUGGGCUUGGGAUAAACAAUUAAAUUGCUGAGCCAAAUAAUGAAACGAUAAUUGCUUUCCAAGAGACAACAUGGUGACAAAGUACUCAGUGGGGGUGUGGUGAGUCCCAGAUACUUACUUCAGUAAACUUAAGACUUUCAUAGGAUACUGGUAAUGCCAGGGACCUUAAAAGACAUCAUUGACCACCUUUAGCUGAACCCACUUGAACAAAGGAAAUAGGACCUGUUUAACAUCAAGGAAGGUAACUCCGUAAAUUUUCGUUGCUCUUGUUCUACUCAGUUUAUUCCCCCACAAUCCUUUCUGCUAGCAAAUUGUUCUAUCUGUCUGCAAUUUAUGCUUAUUUCCACUUUUGUACUGUCUUAUUGAAGAAAGCACAAAAAUAAUAAAAUAUAAAGUUAAACCUG